GACGGUGGGCGCUGCCGUGCUUAGUUCUGUUCGCCAAACGCAGUCAAUUGGACGUGUCCAAAAGCCGGAAUAUUCGAAUAUAUCCAGUGUGUCCAGUGACCAGCCAAGAAGGAGUCGAGUCCAGGGCGGACGGAAUAGUGUCUUUCCUUUGCCUGCUUCACAGCAAAAAAUUGUUUGUUCAGUUCACACGGGCACCACGACAGUCAAGAUGAUACCGAUUCUGGAGAAGCUGAGCGGUUUUUACAACUCCUACGUCCUGGCCAUACUCACCAUUGGGUAUAUUCUGGGCGAGCUGGGACACUACCUGAUUGGCGUGACCUCCAAGCAGACGGCCAUCGAGCUCGACUAUGGUGACCAUGCCUGUCAGCAGAACAACUCCAUGUUCAAUCGCCACGAGCUGCCCACCCAGUGCUCGGCGGUGGGCAACGAGUCCAGCUGCUAUGCCCUGGACUUCAACGGAACCGGUUACUGCGAGUGGAACUACAAUGGUCUGGGCAUUGACUAUCAGAUUCUGGCCGGUCCCACCUUCAUCCUGAUCUUCACCAUUGCUGGGGUCUUCAUGGGCUUCGCUGCCGACAAAUACAAUCGCGUCAAGAUGCUGACCGUCUGCACGGUAAUCUUUGGCAUUGCCAUGAUCCUCCAGGGCACCGUCAAGGAGUACUGGCAACUGGUCUUGCUGCGUAUGGUGAUGGCAGCCGGCGAGUCGGGCUGCAAUCCCCUGGCCACGGGCAUCAUGUCCGACAUCUUUCCCGAGGAUAAGCGUGCCUUGGUCAUGGCCAUCUUCAACUGGGGCAUCUACGGUGGCUAUGGCAUUGCCUUCCCCGUUGGCCGCUACAUCACCAAGCUGAACUUCUGGGAUUUGGGAUGGCGUGUGUGUUAUUUGGGCGCCGGUGUGCUGACGGUUAUUGUGGCCGGUCUAACGGGUACCACGCUGCGGGAGCCGGAACGCAAGGCCAUUGGCGAGGGCGACCGUCAGACGGCCAGCGGCAAGCCGGUGAGCCUGUGGCAAGUGAUCAAGAGCCCGGCGAUGAUCAUGCUGAUGAUAGCAGCCUCGAUCCGGCACUGCGGCGGCAUGACCUUUGCCUACAACGCUGACCUGUACUACAACACCUACUUCCCGGAUGUGGAUCUGGGCUGGUGGCUGUUCGGUGUCACCAUCGGUAUUGGCAGUGUGGGUGUCGUCGUUGGCGGCAUUGUGUCCGAUAAGAUCGUUGCCAAGAUGGGCAUUCGGUCGAGAGCCUUUGUCCUCGCCGUCAGCCAGCUGAUUGCCACACUGCCGGCCUUUGGAUCGGUGUACUUUGAUCCGCUAUGGGCCAUGAUCACGCUGGGCCUGAGCUACUUCUUUGCCGAGAUGUGGUUUGGCAUUGUCUUCGCCAUUGUUGUGGAGAUCGUACCGCUGCGGGUUAGGUCCUCGACCAUCGGUGUCUUCUUGUUUGUGAUGAACAACAUUGGUGGCAAUCUGCCCAUUCUGGUGGAUCCCGUGGCCAAGGUGCUAGGCUACCGCGGAUCGAUCAUGAUCUUCUAUGCCGGCUUCUAUGGCAUCAGCUCCAUACUCUUCUUCAUCACGUGCUUCCUGCUGGACGGCAAGACAGCCGAAGACUCGGUGGAGCCGGAGUCGCCGAAGAGCCAUCCGGACGCCGUGCUCAAUGCCCGUCACAUGCACGGACACGACAACUCCGUGUUCUCUGUGGACGAGACCCUGCCCUCCAACGGACGUCCUGCCCAGCUGCCGCAGCACCUGCAGAUGUCCAGCAAUGGUUACGACAAGUCUGCUCAGCAGGCUCCUCCUUCGGCGCGACAGAACGGCGCCGAGAGCAGUAGACUGUAGGUUAGCUGUUAGUAGUUUUUUUUUUUAUUGCCUUAAUUCGUACUAUUAUUAAUUUUUUUAUUUCGCUUAAUCGUACUUAGUCCUAGGAAAAGGGGUCAGCGGUGCGGCAGUAGGGAGUAGACUUCCGUCUCCUCGCCGUGGUCGCUUCCUUACACAAAAACCUUCUUAGCGAUAUAAUUGUGUACUUAAUUCUAUAGUCGAUACAUCAAUAAAAAGCUGUUUUGUUAA